AUGACAAAAAAAAAAAAAAAAAAACCAGAGAGCGACAAAAUGGCAAGCACCCACACGAACCCGAGCAAACGGCCCCACCAUUCGUUGGCAUUGGUAGCCUUUAUAUUGGCCACGAGCCAAAAAGGCAUGUCAUGGAUAAAGGGAAAGCAAGAGCAAAUGAAAAGAGUGAACGAGAGCGAGAUAGAGAGAGAGAAAGAAAGAGAGAGAGAGAGAGAGAGAGAGAGAGAGAGAGAGAGAGAGAGAGAGAGAGGGAGAGAGAGAGAGAGAGAGAAAGAGAGAGGGAGAGAGGGAGAGAGAGAGAGAGAGGGGAGAGAGAGGCGAACCGCGUCACACAUGGGCUAA